CCCGGAGAAGGCUCUGAAGGACUCUCUGCAGCCGUACGAGGCAGCCUACCUCUCCAAGUCCCUCUCUCGCCUGUUUGAUCCCAUCAACCUUGUGUUUCCCAUGGGCGGCCGCAACCCGCCCUCCAACGAUGAGCUGGACAGCAUCAUCAAGACUAUCAGCAGUGAGCUGAAUGUAGCAUCAGUAGAUCCAAACCUGUCUCUGGCUGUGGCAAAGAAUGCUGCCAAGACCGUCCAGCUCUUCUGUGUCAAGUCUGAACAGCUGCUGUGUACUCAGGGUGAUGCCAGUCAGGUGAUCGGUCCAUUAACGGAGGGUCAGAGGAGGAACGUUGCCGUGGUCAACUCCCUCUACCGUCUGCAGCAGGCCGUCGCCAAGAUUAUUUCAGGAUUGGGGUCGUGUCCAGCGGCUGCUGAAGAGGUCCUCUCUUCUUCUCUAGGGGGAGUGCAGGCCCUGAUGAACAGUGCGGUACAGCCUCUCCUGCAGUCAGUCAGCGACUCCAUAGAGGCCAUCAUCAUCACGCUACACCAAGAGGACUUUUCAGGGCCUCUGUCCAGCCCCGAUAAGCCGGACGUUCCGUGCUCCCUCUACAUGAAGGAGCUGCAGGGCUUCAUCUCCAGAGUGAUGGCCGACUACUUCCGACACUUCCAGUGCGUGGACUUCAUCUACGAGAGCACAGAGUCCAUCGCCCAGAGGGCCAUUGAGCUGUUCGUCCGCCACGCCAGCCUGCUGCGCCCACUGGGGGAGGGCGGCAAGAUGAGACUGGCUGCCGACUUCGCUCAGAUGGAGAUGGCAGUGGCUCCUCUGUGCAGGAGAGUGUCUGAUUUGGGGAAACCUUACAGAAUGCUGCGCUCCUUCAGGUGUGUAUGCUUCGGUUUUCGGCCGAAAUACUUUUAAUCACCGAAACAACACGGCCGAAACACAGAAGUUGUGAUGACGCCAAACAAAAACCGCGGGCCAGCACCACGCUUGUCUGGAAU